GUCUUGACAUGUUGGUCUGUCAUCCCGGACGAGCAUCCAAUUCUGUAGCGAUGGAAGCUGUGGAGAAAUUAGAAGAGGAAUACCCGCCGGUGCCGGAAAUCCCAUUUGAUCUCUUCUUGUCAAAGAAUCACAAGGCGUUUGGCGGCGACGGCAGACUCCAAUUCACUGAUUCCUCUCGCAAUCUCAUCUUCGAAGUCGAAAGUCAAUCAACCGAUUCUCCGUCCCCUCCCCAUCGCCGGAAACUGCUCCUCGAUGCCGCCGGUACUACCCUCGUUACCAUGGUUCGAGUAAUUAAAGGAUCAUGGAAAGGAUUUGAGGGAGACAGUGGGGAAGACAAGGAGUUAAUGUUCAAAGUGAAUAGGGUUUUGAAUACAUUUAUGGAGAAAGAUUUUGAGAUAAUUCUUGCUGGUGAUAACAGUGAAGGCACAAAGGCUGAUAUCAAGAUGAAAGGCUGCCCCUUCAUGAGAUCCUGCACCAUAUACAAAGGCAAUUCAAUAUUGGCUGAGACCAGCCUUAUGCAUACGAUUGGGUUCAGGAAGCAUUUUAUUCCUAGGAGCAGGUUCCGAAUUACUAUAUUUCCUGGAGCUGCUGAUCUUAUUCUGAUUGUUGCUCUGGUCGUAAUAUUCUUUGAUAAACGAAGGUUUUGGGUAUAGAAAACGGCAUGACAACCUCUCUAACCCUCUUGUAUUCCUAACCUGAAGUCGUGUCCUAGUUUGCAGAGACAUUCUUCUACAAUUUAUUGGCAUGGUGCUAAAUAAUACUCCAUAACCAUGUUCACGAUACACUAGCACUCUCGUAACUUUCACCAUUGCCGGGGCUUCACCACUAGCUAAAGAGCACUCCCAUGGUCUCUUUUACUACAACCUGCAACUCUAUGGAGCCCUGAAUAGCUGGGAAGAUCAGAGGUUUGGAAAAAAAACUAGAAAAGAUUGCAGUUUUUAGGUAGUUUAGGCCUGAAAAUUGUAUGGCUUACAUGCCAUUGUCUCUAUGUUGUUUCAUUGUCUUUCUAUUUGAUAAUACAUUGGCAUGUGGGUAAUAUAUUGUAACCUUUUUUCAACAUUAUUCUCUUCUAAUCUUACAGUUUUUAACCCUGA